ACUUGAAAAGCACAACACUAGACUCGGAUGACUCGUACAGUGAUUAGAAGAUGAAAGCUAAUGAUGAGGCAACCAAGUUCAGUUGCAGACAAGAAGAAGAAAAACAAGAAAUAUGGAGUUGGGGGGCUGGAACAGAUGGCCAACUGGGCACGGGCAGCCUCCAAGAUGAGCUAUCCCCUCAGCUACUUAAACUCCCUUCUCUCUUCUCCGCCGGACCCAUCUCUCAACUCGCGUGCGGCGGCGCUCACGUCGUCGCCUUGACCUCCGGAGGGAGGGUAUUGACGUGGGGAAGAGGGCUGUCUGGUCAGUUAGGCCAUGGAGAUAUGGUGAAUAACCCAAUUCCAAAGCUUGUUAUGCUUUUGGAACCAUAUUUUAUAACACAAGUUUCUGCUGGGUGGAACCACUCUGGUUUUGUUUCAGAUUCUGGGUCUCUUUUUACGUGCGGGGAUGGUUCGUUUGGUCAGCUUGGACAUGGUGAUUAUAAAUCACAUUACUCACCGGUUAAAGUUUCCUAUUUUGUUAAUAACCAUGUUGAGCAGAUGGCAUGCGGCAUGCGCCAUUCACUUGUCUUAUUGAAAUUGCAAGGUCAUUCUGGAGAUCAAAUUUAUGCAUUUGGGUCUGGGAAACGUGGUCAACUAGGUAUUUCAAAGGAUAAAGUCAAUUUAGUUAGUCUUCCUGAAGUUACUUGUGGAUUAGAAGGUAUCAAUAUUGUAGGCAUAGCUGCAAAUGGAGAUCAUAGUGCGGCAUUAUCUGAUGAUGGGAAUUUUUACACUUGGGGAAGAGGGUUUCAGGGUAAGUCUGAUGCUUACUAUCCGGAGCAUGUAACCACAUCGUUAUACUUUACCAAAGCGGCUCUUGGAUGGAAUCAUGCUCUUCUAUUAACUGGUAGUGGAGAAGCUUGUAUGCUUGGUGGGAACCGGCAUGGGGUCCUCAGUAGUCUUGAUAAAAUGAGUGCACCCAAGUACAUGCAAGAUUCAAACGUACUUCUAGAGGAAGUCCCUGGUCUAGAUGGGCAAGAAGUUGUGGAUAUUGCAGCCGGAGCUGAACACUCUGCUCUUAUUACAGUUUCAGAUUUUCCAUUAAUGGUUAUGGCAGAGAAAGGAGCUGUUAAAACAUGGGGUUGGGGUGAACAUGGUCAGCUUGGCUUGGGAAACACAAUUGAUCAAACCAGUCCUCAAGGAGUAACUCUUGGUCACGAGGUUCCAACUGAGGCAGUGACUAGCAAGGUCUAUUGUGGCAGUGGGUUUACUAUUGUCAUAAGAACUAAAGAUGUUCUUUAUCCUCUUGCCGGGUGUAAAUGAAUAUCAACCGUGCCAAGUUACUUGAUGUUCUUAAAGUUAAAAGAUCGUUUCUCACUUACUAGAAGAGUUGAAGAUUUCUUCAUAUGCCCAUUCACAUAGUUUUGUAUUUUAGGAAUAUAUCAUUGCAUGUAAAAUUAUACAUAAUAAAUUUGAAUAGCUUAGGGCCUCUUAAUAUAAAAAUAAAAUAGAAAUUGUUGCUCGGUUA